GAUCUCUAUUUUCCACGGAUCAUUUUUCAGUUCGGUCUCUCGUUCCACGACAAUGGCCUUUCGAUACCUGGUAGUCGCUGCCCUGUUGGCCCUCGGAGCCACCGUCCAGCAGCCAUCCCGUUACAGCCCUGCACGUCCCUCUUACAAGAGGCCUGCACCCGCCUAUCCGGCCAAGCAGCCCGCCUACCAGCCGGCCUACCAACAACCCGCCUACGAACCGGCCAAGCAACCGGCUUACCAACCCGCCUACAAGCCCGCUAAGCAACCCGCUUACGAACCCGCUUACCAGCCUGCUUACUCUCACAAGCGCCCCACCUAUGAGGCUUAUGAUGACCCCCCAUACUACAGCUUCUCCUACGACGUGAAGGACGACUACUCCUACAACGACUUCGGCCACAGCGAGACCAGGAACCUGCGAGCAAGAUUAUAG